CAGUGGUCCUGAUCGAAACGCAGCUCCACCAGCGAAGCUCCACCAAAGCCCUGUUGAGAACUUCUGACUCUCAAAAAUGUCUGAAAACCGAGAAUUAAGCUACCGUGCAGAUGAAGAAGAAUCUGAUGAAGAACAUUAUGUAUCUCAGCCAGGGAAGACAACAGGGAAAAACAAAAAUGGUGGUACAAAAAAGCCUAAGGUGAAACGUGCCUUAGUUGAUGUUGAUGUUGAUGUUGGUGUGAGCGAAGUGAUUGGUAUGAUUGACACAUAUGACAGACCAGGAAAUGCCUAUACAGAAAGCACCUAUGCUCGAAGUGGAACAUAUGUGUCAGGUUUUGAAGACAAACCAGGAGAGAGGAUUCCCAAGGCUGGAGCUUAUGCAGAAGCAGGAGUUGGACGAGCUCGUGCUGAACUCAGUGUACUCGAGGCUGAAGCUAAAGGUCCCAAUGCCUCAGCUGGAGCUGAAGCCAAUGUGAUUGGAGUCGGAGCAAUGGCUCGAGCUGAAAUUGCCAGCGCAUCUGCUAGAGCCGGUCCAUUUGGUGUGAAACUGGGACUUGGAGUUGAUACGGGUGCAUCUGUUGGUGCGAAUGGGUUGGAGGCCAAAAUACUGGGAACUGGAUUUAAAUUUGGUUCAAACCCCAGUGUAUCUGUUCUGGGUUCAGAAGUGUCUUGUGUAGUCAUGUAGUCAUACAGAUAUUAAUUACUUUGAAUAUUUGCGUGUGCAUUUUUACUAAAGAACCACAAAAACAGAAACCUGAAAAUUACUUUAACAAUAUGGAAUCAUAAAAUGUUUUAUUUUACAUUUAAUAAUCCUACAACUGUCGAGACCUUUGUUUUCUUUUAAGAAUAAAUUUUGUAUUUGGUUAUGCAGGUAUGUGUAUUGCUUUUCUCUAUACUGUCAUUCCUGGUGUAUAACUGUAAUAAUGUGAUCACUGAAUUUAUUAGAGACUUCGGACAUAAUUUUUCCCCAUUUAUAUUUAUGCAAUAAACAGAAAAAUAAACUGAAGAAUAAAAAAGCAGCUGUAUUUGCCUUUCCACGAAUUUCCAUUUCCAUUUUUAUUUUUUAUUACUGUAAUUCAUUAUUUCAUCAUUAUGGCAAGAGAUAUAAAAAGCUAAAAAGUUCUAUAUUUAUUAAGUUAUUAUUCUGUGAUAAAAGCCAUUCCCACAAUUUUCUUAAU